GCAGGUUGUUGGAGCAGAGGAGAAAACGCACCGGAUUUUCAUCGAUUUUUAGCCGGUUGCCGUAAUUAUUUCACAUCAACACCGAUUUGGAAAACGCCCAUGAGGCAUGAAGGCUACUGUGCAACAGAAUUUGUAGCCUAAAAUAAGACAGUUUGUCCAUAUUUUUGUGUUGAAAUACUGGUGAGCUGCUGUCAGUCACUGUCAGUCAAGAUGUCUGUCGCAGCAGAGUUGGAGUUGGGGGAUUCCAGGGUGGAGUUUAUGGCAGAUUAUGUCCUCAAGACAAUGAAGUAUAAGGGUGACAAGUGGACAAAGAUGUACUCCCUUGAAGAAAACAAACUAAUGUUCUUCGACUUUUUCGAGAAGCAAGAGCUGACAAAUUUUGUGAUAUUAUCAACUCCUGCUGGAGGGCUGACAGUUCAGUUCGACUGGCCGACAUCAUUGAAGAGCAAAGGGUGCUAUUUCAUCAAGAAAGGGAAAGAGCCUGUGACAAAAGAUCAACCACUCAGGAACACUGUGCUGUAUGGAGAUCUCUCGUACUCGCCUAUGGAACAGCUCUCUGCGUUUGUCGAUGAGGUUUUAGUCCCACUCUUGUCCAAUGAGCGUAACCAUGAACAGUGGCCUCAUGUUGUAUCACAAGAUGUCCUUCGUCAUGUGCAUAAUCUGAAGAGCAGUGUAUAUGUAGUUGCUGGUCAAGUAGCAGGGAAGACUCUUCUCCCCUUGCCAGUUGGAUCGGAUAAAGUCGAAGAUGUUGCAGGAGAUGCAGAGGAGAAGGAAGACACUUAUGACAGAAAUCUAGUCCAUGCCAUCGAGUCUGUGAUAAUUGAGUGGACCCAUCAGAUCAGAGAUGUGCUCAAGAGGGAUUCCGCGCAGCCACUGUUGGAGGGUCUCAAUCCGACUCCAUUUGUGGAGCUUGACUUCUGGAAAGCUAAGGCCUCAAAUUUGGAUUGCAUUUAUGACCAGCUUCGUGAUCCGAAAGUGCGCAAGAUGGCUGAACUUCUUGAGAAGACCAACAGCAGUUACUUCCCAUCCUUCAAGAACAUCUUUCGAGACGUUGUGGAAGCUUUGACCGAGGCCCAGGACAUCAACGUCCACCUCAAGCCACUCAGGGCCCACUUUGAGGACUAUGAACAAGCGGAGUUUGAUGAAUCCAAGCCCCUGAUCGACCCAAUGUUCCACACGGUCUGCCUUGUCUGGGCGAAUUCCAAGUACUAUAACACCCCAGCACGUGUUAUCAUCCUCUUGCAGGAGGUGUGCAACAUGGUUAUCAACCAGUGCCACAACUUCCUUGACCCAGCUGAGAUCUUCAAGGGUGAGGUGGAAGAGUGCCUGGAAAAGAUCCAGAAAGCUCAGGGUAUCCUCAAAAACUUCAAGGAGAGCUACCAGGUGCACAAGGACAAGCUCAAAGACUACUUCAAGGAGGGCGAGCCAAAAGAAUGGGAAUUUGCUGCUCCGUUGGUGUUUGCCAGGCUGGACAAAUUCAUGGAGAGAAUUGAGAUUGUUCAUGAGCUCUUUGACACUGCGAUGGAAUUCAUAAAGCUUGAGAAAGUGGAGUUUGGUGGCGUGAAGGGAAAGAUGCUGAGUGCCCAAGUCGUGCAAAUCUAUGACGAAUUCAACGAACUCUACAAGGUGUUUGCUGAGAAAACAUACGAUGCUCUUGACACCAAGGACGAGGAGUUCCUUGAAGACUUCAGGGCCUUCAAGGAUCAGAUCUAUGAUCUUGACCGCCGGCUUGGCACCAUCAUCUCACAGGCCUUCGAUGACUGCUGUGGUAUGGAGUCAGUUUUCAAGCUAACAGACAUUCUUGGUUCACUCCUGAAUCGUCCCCUCAUCAAGGAAAACUUUGAAGAGAAGUACCCGAUCAUUGUAUCCUUGAUGAACGCUGAACUUGACGCUGCCAAGAUCAUCUAUGAUGAGUACAUGGAGGAGGAAAAGGAACGCGGGCGAGGACGAACACACAAGAAUAUGCCCAAGGUUUCGGGCGGUCUCAGAUGGGCACAUGAGCUGAGAGAACGUAUUGGAAACCCCAUGGCAAACUUCAAGCAUAUUGAGCACCCGUGUAUGGAGGGGAAAGAAGCACUCAUUGUUUAUGAGAAGUAUGAUGAAAUGAUGGCACUCUUGUCCAAGUACGAUGGGCAGGUUUAUGAUGAAUGGACAGCCGGUGUUGAUGAGGCCUGUUCCUUCAACCUCGCACAGCCGCUAAUCACUAGAAAUGAGGAGACGAAACUAAUCACUGUCAACUUUGACCCACAGCUUGUGUCCGUGUUACGGGAGGUAAAAUACUUAGAAAUCAGAUCAACAGAAGAUAUUCCAGAGAGCGCUGCUGGAAUUUACGCCAAAAAUGACACGCUACGGCAAUAUGUUGCCAACUUAGACUUAACUGUGCAAUGGUACAACAAAGUGAGAGAAGCUGUAUUGGAGGUGGAAUUCCCUCUCAUAGAAUCACAGUUGGAAGAAAUCGACGUGAAAUUAGAACAAGCGGAGAAGUCCUUGAACUGGAAUACGGAAGGUGUUUGGGAAUACAUUCAAGAGACCAGAGACACUGUACGAGAUUUAGAACAACGCGUGCAAAAGGCUAAAGACAAUGUCGAAUCAAUUCAGAAAAUCAUGGCGACGUGGAACAAGUCGCCGCUGUUUGAGAGGAAGGAAGGGAAGAAUGAGUCUCUUCUGAAUCUUGAAGAUCGGCCUGAGCGAAUUGCAAAACGUUACGAAGAGGUCAAGAAGUGUGGAGAUCAACUUCAUGCUCUUUUACAGGAGAAUCAAGAACUCUUCAAGGCCACAGCUGACACAGACACGUGGAAGGCCUACGUCGACUACGUUGACGAGAUGGUGGUGGAAGGCUUCUUCUACAAUCUCCACUGCAGCGUCAACUUCUUGUUGGAGAACACCGAAGCCAAGUCCAUGCCAUUGUUUGAAGCUCAGCUUGAACUUCAAGUGCCAGAGAUGGUCUUCCUCCCUUCAUUAGACUAUGGCGUUGCCGAUGGUUUCUAUGAUCUCGUCGAUGGACUUGUUGGUGACAUCUACAAGCAGUCAUCUCUCAUUCCUCGACUCGCCAAGCACAGCGGACAAGAACACUAUCAGCCUGAUCUUGAGGAAAUGGAAGAUCUAUCUGACAUGCGACAAGACCUGAUGGACCGUAUCCAAAACGUCAUGAACAAAGCCUGCGAAUACAGGAACUCAUUCGACACGUAUGCGUACCUGUGGGUGGAUGACCGGAACGAGUUUAUGCGGCAGUUCUUACUCUACAACCAUGUGCUCACCGCUGAGGAAAUUGAAGCCCACGCCGACGAUGGUGUUCCCGAGUGCCCACCAACGUUGGAACAGUUCAAAGAACAGGUUGAUACUUAUGAGAAGAUCUAUGAUGAAGUCGAGCAGGUGGAGGGAACUAGUCUUUUCGAGGGUUGGUUCCGUGUCAAUGCUCGACCAUUCAAACAGGCGCUACUCAACAUCAUCAAAAGGUGGAGCUUUAUGUUCAAGCAGCAUCUCAUUGACCAUGUCACAAACAGCCUGAAUGAACUUGCAGCCUUCAUUAAAGGUGCAGACUCUGGUCUCACCAAGGAGGUGGAAGAGGGAGAUUACGAUGGUCUGGUCGGCAUUAUGGGUCAUCUAAUGGCUGUCAAAGAAAGACAGUCAACCACGGACGAAAUGUUCGAACCUCUCAAACAAACCAUUGAAUUGCUCAAGACUUAUGAACAGGAGAUGCCAGAGGAGGUCCAUUUACAGCUACAGGAAUUGCCAGAACAGUGGAAUAACACCAAGAAAAUUUCAAUCACGACAAAGCAGUCGGUAGCUCCACUACAGGCCAAUGAAGUCUCAAACAUCAGGAAGAAGUCGGCAACAUUUGAUGUCAAACAGCAUGAAUUCAGGGAGAGGUUCCGUAAGAUUGGACCAUUCUGGUAUGAAUGUGAGAAUCCCUACGAACAGUUGGAUCAUAAUCAUGACGCCAUUCAGUCUAUGGAGAAGGACAUGGCAACCCUUUUGGACUCUGCGGGUCUCUUUGAGGUGAACGUUCCUGAUUUCAAGCAGCUGAAGCAAUGUCGUAAGGAGAUCAAGAUGCUGAAAGUGUUGUGGGAUUACAUCUUCAUUGUACGGACCAGUAUCAAUGACUGGAAGACCACGCUCUGGAUGGACAUCAAUGUGGAGCAGAUGGAAAUGGACUGCAAGAAAUUUGCCAAGGAUAUCAGGGCGUUGGACAAGGAGAUGAGGGCAUGGGACGCAUACACUGGGCUUGAGAGUACCGUGAAGAACAUGCUGACAUCACUCCGAGCUGUGGCCGAGCUCCAAAAUCCGGCCAUCAGGGACAGGCAUUGGCAGCAGCUUAUGCACGCUACUGGCGUCAAAUUCACCAUGGAUGAGGACACCACACUCUCUGAUCUACUGUCGCUGAAUCUUCACGAGUAUGAAGAAGAGGUCCGUAACAUCGUGGAUAAGGCCGUGAAAGAGAUGAGCAUGGAGAAGGUCCUGAAGGAGUUGGAUGUGACAUGGUCCACGAUGGAGUUUGAGCACGAGAAACAUCCAAGAACUGGCAUCACCCUGCUCAAGGCUAGUGAAGAGGUGAUAGAGACACUUGAGGACAACCAGGUUCAACUGCAGAAUAUGCUCACCUCCAAAUACAUUGCCCACUUCUUGGAAGAGGUGACGUCGUGGCAAAAGAAGCUCUCCACAGCUGACCAGGUGAUCACCAUCUACUUUGAGGUGCAGCGCACAUGGUCUCAUUUGGAGAGUAUCUUCAUCGGGUCGGAGGAUAUCAGGAACCAACUGCCGGAAGAAUCAAAGAGAUUUGAUGGAAUUGACUCCGACUUUAAGGAACUUGUUGGAGAGGUUGAGAAGACGACCAAUGUGGUGGAGGCGACCAACAAGCCAAAGCUCUAUGAUAGGCUGGAGCACAUCCAGAAUGAUCUCGUUAUCUGUGAGAAAGCCUUGGCUGAAUACCUCGAGACCAAACGAUUGGCCUUCCCCAGGUUCUAUUUCGUCUCCUCAGUGGAUCUGUUGGAUAUUCUGUCCAAUGGAAACAACCCAGAAAAGGUUGCUCGUCACUUGACCAAGCUUUUCGACAGUAUGGCAAGACUGAAAUUCGACCAAGACAAGGAUGGUAACAACACCAAGAUGGCUCUGGCCAUGUACAGUAAGGACGGGGAGUAUGUUGACCUGGCUGCCCCAUGUGACUGCACGGGACAGGUAGAAGUCUGGCUCAAUAGGCUCCUGGAUUCCAUGAGGGACACCGUCCGUCACUACUUCACUGAGGCUGUUGUAACGUAUGAAGAGAAGCCGCGUGACCAGUGGUUGUCAGAUUACCUGGCUCAGGUGGCACUCUGUGGCACACAGAUUUGGUGGACGACUGAGGUCAACAUUGCCUUCAACAGACUGGAGGAGGGUUAUGAGAAUGCCCUAAAGGACUAUAACAAGAAGCAGAUCCAACAACUGAACACUCUCAUCACAGCUCUGCUUGGUGACCUCUCUAAGGGAGAACGACAAAAGAUUAUGACCAUCUGUACCAUUGAUGUCCAUGCUCGUGAUGUCGUCUCCAAGAUGAUCCUACACAAAGUGGACAACGCCCAGGCGUUCAUGUGGCUGGCUCAGCUCCGCCACAGAUGGGAUGAAAAUGAGAAGGAUUGCUUCGGCAACAUCUGUGACGCUCAGUUCCGGUACUCGCACGAGUACCUGGGUAAUACUCCUCGUCUCGUCAUCACGCCGUUGACUGACAGAUGCUACAUCACCUUGACGCAGUCUCUCCAUCUCAUCAUGAGCGGUGCCCCCGCUGGACCUGCUGGUACAGGCAAGACCGAGACAACCAAAGAUUUGGGACGUGCUCUUGGUAUCAUGGUAUACGUGUUCAACUGCUCUGAACAGAUGGAUUACAAGUCGGUUGGUAACAUCUACAAGGGUCUUGCCCAAGCCGGUGCCUGGGGUUGCUUUGACGAGUUCAACCGUAUUUCUGUUGAGGUGUUGUCUGUGGUCGCUGUCCAGGUGAAGAGUAUCCAAGAUGCCAUCAGAGACAAGAAGAAGCGGUUCGAUUUCUUGGGAGAAGUGAUCAACCUACAGGCAACCGUCGGUAUCUUUAUCACCAUGAACCCCGGUUAUGCUGGACGUACAGAGCUGCCAGAGAAUCUCAAAGCUCUUUUCAGACCUUGCGCUAUGGUUGUGCCUGACUUUGAACUGAUUUGCGAGAUCAUGUUGGUGGCUGAAGGUUUCAUUGAUGCCAGGCUUCUUGCCAGGAAAUUCAUCACCCUGUACACCCUGUGUAAGGAGUUGCUCUCCAAACAGGACCAUUACGAUUGGGGUCUUAGGGCCAUCAAGUCUGUACUUGUCGUGGCUGGUGCGCUCAAGAGGAGUGAUCGUGGCCGUCCAGAGGACCAAGUCUUGAUGAGAGCUCUGCGUGAUUUCAACACACCAAAGAUCGUCACAGAUGAUUUGCCCAUCUUCAUGGGUCUUAUCGGUGACCUGUUCCCGGCUCUUGAUGUACCGAGGAAGAGGGACAUGGACUUUGAAAAGGAUAUCAGAAAAGCAGCGGUUGACCUCAAACUUCAACCUGAGGACAGCUUCAUCAUCAAGAUUGUCCAGCUCAAGGAAUUGUUUGAAGUACGUCACUCCGUCUUCGUCAUUGGAAAUGCGGGUUCUGGUAAAAGUCAGGUGUGGAGGUCCUUGAUCAGGACGUACCAGAACAUGAAGGUGAAACCAACAGCUGUCGAUCUGAACCCCAAGGCUGUCACUAACGAUGAAUUGUUUGGUGUCAUCAAUCCAUCAACCAGAGAGUGGAAAGAUGGUCUUUUCUCAACCAUCAUGAGAGACAUGGCAAACAUCGGUGCCCAGGACGGACCAGGAGCUCGCUGGAUUGUCCUUGAUGGUGACAUUGAUCCUAUGUGGAUCGAGUCCCUCAACACUGUCAUGGACGACAACAAAGUGUUGACGUUGGCCAGUAACGAGCGUAUCGCCCUCACUCCAAUGAUGCGUCUGCUGUUCGAGAUCAGUCACUUGAAGACUGCUACUCCUGCUACUGUGUCCAGAGCUGGUAUCCUCUAUGUAAAUCCUUCCGAUUUGGGUUGGAAUCCGUACGUGACCAGCUGGAUUGAUACUAGGGAAGUCCAAUCCGAGAGGGCCAACCUCACCAUCCUCUUCGACAAGUACGUGCCAACUUGCUUGGAUGUCCUGCGAACACGUUUCAAGAAGAUCACACCAAUCGCUGAAGUCAGUCAGAUCCAGAUGUUGUGCAACCUGCUCGAGUGCUUGUUGACACCAGAAAACACCCCUCCUGACUGCUCGAAGGAGCUGUACGAGCUGUACUUUGCUUUCGCUUGCGUCUGGGCCUUUGGUGGUGCCAUGUUCCAGGAUCAGUUGAUCGACUACAGGGUGGAGUUCACAAAGUGGUGGAUCACUGAGUUCAAGACGAUCAAAUUCCCGCACCAGGGCACAGUGUUUGACUACUUCAUUGACGAGGAGUCAAAGAAAUUUGAACCCUGGACCAAGAGGAUUGCCAAGUUCGAACUUGAUCCAGACCUCCCAUUGCAGGCUGCUCUGGUUCACACUUCCGAGACGAUGCGAGUACGAUACUUCCUGGACAUGUUGAUCGAAAAACGUCGCCCUUGCAUGUUGGUUGGUAAUGCCGGUGUGGGCAAGACUGUCCUCCUCCAAGACAAACUGAACAGCUUAUCAGAGGACUGGAUGGUUGCAAAUGUUCCAUUCAAUUUCUACACCACAUCCGAGAUGUUACAGCGCAUCCUUGAGAAACCGUUGGAAAAGAAAGCUGGACGUAACUUUGGCCCGCCCGGAACCAAACGCCUCAUCUACUUCAUUGACGACAUGAACAUGCCAGAGGUCGAUAUGUACUUCACCGUGCAACCGCACACGUUGAUUCGUCAGCAUCUUGACUACAGCCAUUGGUUUGACAGGCAUAAGCUCUCCCUGAAGGAGAUCCACAACACGCAGUAUGUGUCUUGUAUGAAUCCCACCGCUGGUUCCUUCACCAUCAACCCAAGGUUGCAGAGACACUUUGCCGUGUUUGCAGUCAGUUUCCCUGGUAACGAUGCUCUGAAGACAAUCUACUCUAGUAUCUUGUCUCAGCACAUGGCCUUGAAUGGCUUUACAGCUCCAGUCCAGAAAUAUGCUGGCUUGUUGGUCGACGGGGCCUUAACGCUUCACACAAGAAUUACCAGCAAUUUCCUACCAACUGCCAUCAAGUUCCACUAUGUCUUCAACUUGAGGGAUCUUUCAAACAUUUUCCAGGGCAUGUUGUUUGCUGUGGCAGAUGCAGCCAAGACCCCUGCUGAUCUCAUCCGUCUGUGGAUGCAUGAGGCAGAGCGAGUCUACCGUGACAAACUGAUUGACGAAAAGGACAUGGAAACAUUUGAUAAACUCAUCAAAGAUGUCGUGAAGAAAUCCUUCGAGGACGCCGAUGAAGCCAUCGUCUUCCAGCGGCCAUUGAUGUUCUGCCACUUCGCCAAGGGCAUCGGUGAACCCAAGUACAGCCAUAUCGAAGGGAUGGAGGACCUGAACAAAAUCCUCGUCGAAGCCCUCGACAGUUAUAACGAGAUCAACGCCGCCAUGAACUUGGUGUUGUUCGUCGAUGCCAUCGAACAUAUUUGUCGAAUCAACCGUAUCUUGGAGAGCCCCCGAGGAAACGCCCUGUUAGUCGGUGUUGGCGGAAGCGGUAAACAGAGUUUGUCACGUCUCGCUGCCUCCAUCAGUAGUCUUGAGGUCUUCCAAGUCACCCUACGCAAAGGUUAUGGAAUCGCAGAUUUGAAAAUCGAUCUUGGUGGUCUGUACAUGAAGGCUGGAGUGAAGAACAUUGGUACCGUGUUCCUAAUGACAGAUGCCCAGGUUGCCGAUGAAAAGUUCUUGGUGUUGAUCAACGAUUUGUUGGCGUCUGGUGAGAUUCCCGACUUGUUCGCAGAUGAUGAGUUGGAGAAUAUCAUCGGUGGCGUGAGGAAUGAAGUCAAGGGUCAAGGUUUGGAGGACACCAGAGAGAACUGUUGGAGAUUCUUUAUCGACAGAGUCAGGAGACAACUGAAGGUUGUACUCUGCUUCUCCCCUGUUGGUAACGCCCUGCGUGUCAGAGCACGUAAGUUCCCUGCCGUCGUCAACUGUACAAGCAUUGAUUGGUUCCACGAGUGGCCAGAAGAGGCUCUGCAGUCUGUCAGCUUGAGGUUCUUGGAGGAAGUUGAACUCCUCAAUCCUGAUAUGAGGCAGUCAGUCUCCCUCUUCAUGUCCUACGUGCACAAGUCGGUCAAUGAAAUGAGCGUGGUCUACCUUCAAAACGAGAGAAGAUACAACUACACGACACCAAAGAGUUUCUUGGAACAAAUCAAACUUUAUCAGAAUCUGCUGAAAACCAAACACGAGGAACUCAUGGCAAAGAUGCAGCGUCUCGAAAACGGUUUGCAGAAGCUCCAGAGUACUGCCCAGCAGGUGGAUGAUUUGAAAUCCAAGUUGGCAUCCCAAGAAGUCGAACUUGCACAGAAGAAUGAAGAUGCGAACAAGCUGAUUUCUGUUGUGGGUGCAGAAACUGAGAAGGUGUCCAAGGAGAAGGCUAUCGCUGAUGCGGAGGAGCAGAAAGUUGCAGUGUUUGCUAAGGAGGUCUCGAAGAAACAGUCGUCUUGUGAGGAAGAUUUGGCCAAGGCUGAGCCUGCCCUGAUUGCAGCUAAGGAGGCUUUGGAUACCCUGAACAAGAAUAACUUGACUGAGUUGAAGUCUUUCGGCUCUCCGCCAGCAGCUGUAACCAAUGUUGCUGCUGGUGUGAUGUGUCUCCUCGCCCCUGGGGGGAAAAUACCCAAGGAUAGGAGCUGGAAGGCAGCAAAGGUCAUGAUGGGUAAAGUGGAUGCGUUCUUGGAUCAAUUGGUCAAUUUUGACAAAGAGAAUAUCCAUGAGAACUGCCUGAAGGCCAUACAGCCAUAUUUGGAUAACCCAGAGUUUGAGCCCGAGUUCAUCCGUGCAAAGUCUCUUGCUGCUUCUGGUCUUUGUUCAUGGGUCGUCAACAUUGUAACCUUUUACCGAGUCUACUGUGAGGUGGAACCCAAGAGAAUUGCCUUGAACACUGCCAAUAGUGAGUUGGCCACUGCCAAAGAGAAAUUACAAGGUAUCCAGAAUAAGAUUCAACAGCUUGAAGAGUCACUUGGAGUGCUGACAGCGCAAUUCGAGAAAGCCACAGCAGAGAAAGUGAAGUGUCAAGAGGAAGCUGAUCGUACUGCUAAGACCAUCGAGUUGGCUAAUCGUCUCGUUGGCGGUCUGGCGUCCGAGAAUAUUCGUUGGGCCGAAGCUGUGGAGAAUUUCAAGAUUCAGGAGAAGACCCUUCCUGGUGAUGUCUUGUUAACGACUGCAUUCGUUUCAUACGUCGGUUGUUUCACCAAGCUUUACAGGUUGGACUUGAUGAACAACAAGUGGGAGCCGUACCUACUUGGGCUGAAGAGUCCCAUCCCAAUCAGUGAGGGACUUGAUCCACUCUCCAUGUUGACAGAUGAUGCAAAGGUUGCCACAUGGAACAACGAAGGUCUACCUAGCGACAGAAUGUCAACAGAGAAUGCAACCAUAUUAACAAAUGCUGAAAGAUGGCCAUUGAUGAUUGAUCCGCAGCUCCAAGGUGUCAAGUGGAUCAAAACAAAAUAUGGUGCCGAUCUCCGUGUUGUGCGUAUCGGGCAGAAGGGCUACUUGGAUGCCAUUGAGAGGGCUGUUGCUGCAGGUGACGUGGUCUUGAUUGAAAAUAUGGAAGAAUACUUGGAUCCUGUUCUUGACCCAAUCCUCGGGCGAAACACGAUCAAGAAGGGCCGUGCCAUCAAGAUGGGAGACAAAGAGGUUGAGUACCAUGCGGACUUCCGUCUCAUACUUCACACCAAGUUGGCGAACCCUCACUACAAACCAGAGAUGCAAGCCCAGACAACUCUCAUCAACUUCACUGUCACCAGAGAUGGUCUGGAGGAUCAGUUACUUGCUGCCGUCGUAAGCAAGGAGAGGCCCGAUCUGGAGAAGCUGAAAUCUGACCUCACCAGACAGCAGAACGAGUUCAAGAUCACCCUGAAAGAGUUAGAAGAUUCCCUUCUUGCUCGUCUAUCUGCGGCUGAAGGAAACUUCCUUGGUGACUACGCCUUGGUUGAGAACCUUGAGACCACCAAACGUACUGCUGCAGAAAUUGAGGAGAAGGUAGCUGAAGCCAAGAUCACUGAAGUGAAGAUCAAUGAGGCCAGGGAGCACUAUCGAACAGCUGCUGCCAGGGCGUCCCUCCUCUACUUCAUCUUGAAUGACUUGAACAAGAUCAACCCCAUGUAUCAGUUCUCUCUCAAGGCAUUCAGCGUUGUCUUUGAGAAAGCUAUUGAGAAAGCCGAACCAUCUGAAGAGCUGAAACAGCGUGUGUUCAACCUCAUUGACUGCAUCACAUAUUCCGUCUUCAUCUACACCAGCAGAGGUCUGUUUGAGAAAGACAAGCUGAUCUUUACGUCACAGAUGACCUUCCAAGUCCUCCUCGGAAAGAAAGAGGUCAACCCGGUCGAGUUAGAUUUCUUGCUCCGCUUCCCAUCUGUGCCAAAUGUCACGAGCCCUGUUGAUUUCCUCUCCCACUUUGGCUGGGGCGGUAUCAAGAGUCUCUCCAAUAUGGACGAAUUCCGCAACUUGGAUCGAGAUAUUGAAGGCUCUGCCAAGAGGUGGAAGAAGUUUGUUGAGAGUGAGUGUCCAGAGAAGGAGAAGUUCCCACAGGAAUGGAAGAACAAGACCUCAUUGCAGAAGCUGUGCAUGAUGAGAGCAUUGCGUCCGGAUCGUAUGACAUAUGCCAUGAAGGACUUUGUUGAAGAGAAGCUCGGCAAACAGUAUGUCGAGAAUCGCAGUGUUGAAUUCACCAAGUCCUACGAAGAAUCUGGACCUGGUACCCCAAUAUUCUUCAUCCUCUCCCCUGGUGUAGAUCCCUUGAAGGAUGUCGAAGCCCUUGGAAAGAAACUCGGCUUCACCAGUGAUAAUAAGAACCUGCACAACAUUUCAUUGGGUCAAGGUCAGGAAAUCGUGGCAGAAGAGGCCAUGGAUCUUGCCGCGAAAGAGGGUCACUGGGUCGUGCUCCAGAACGUCCAUUUGGUCAAGAACUGGCUCUCAAGCCUUGAGAAGAAAAUUGAGCAGUACAGUUUGGAAAGUCAUGAAGCGUACAGGCUUUACAUCUCAGCUGAACCUGCUGGCGAUCCGACUGCUCAUAUCAUCCCUCAAGGUAUCUUGGAAUCAGCUAUCAAGAUCACCAACGAACCUCCCACUGGUAUGCACGCCAAUCUACACAAGGCCUUCGACAACUUCACCCAGGACACCCUCGAGAUGUGUGCACGUGAGGCCGAGUUUAAGAGUAUCCUCUUCUCCCUUUGCUACUUCCAUGCCGUGGUGUGUGAGCGUCGUAAAUUCGGUGCUCAAGGUUGGAACAGAGUCUACCCAUACAACACUGGUGAUUUGACCAUCAGUAUGAACGUACUCUAUAACUACCUGGAAGCCAAUGCCAAGGUGCCCUGGGAGGAUCUGAGGUAUCUGUUCGGAGAGAUUAUGUACGGUGGCCACAUCACUGAUGACUGGGACAGGCGUUUGUGCAGGACUUACCUCGAGGAAUACAUGCACCCAGAUAUGCUUGAUGGUGAAUUAUACCUUGCCCCUGGUUUCCCCGUCCCACCAAACACGGACUACAAAGGCUACCACAACUACAUCGAUGAGUGUCUCCCGCCAGAGAGUCCCUACUUGUAUGGUCUCCAUCCCAACGCUGAGAUUGAAUUCUUGACAACAACUUCUGAAACGCUGUUCAGGACCGUGUUUGAGAUGCAGCCACGUGAUGCUGGAGCGGGUGCCGGUGCUGGAGUCAGUCGGGAAGAAAAGGUGAAGCAGAUCCUGGAUGACAUCACCGAGAAACUGCCGGAGGAGUUCAACAUGUUUGAGAUCAUGAAUAAGGUGCCUGUUGAAGAGAGGACGCCCUACGUCGUGGUCGCUUUCCAGGAGGCUGAACGUAUGAACGGCCUGACCUCUGAAAUCAGGCGGUCCCUGAAGGAACUCGAUCUUGGCCUGAAGGGUGAGCUGACAAUUACUGGAGACAUGGAGAGCUUAUCCAAUUCCCUCUUCUUGGAUGUCGUCCCGGAGAGCUGGGCCAAGCGUGCCUACCCAUCCCUGUUCAGCAUGUCCAUGUGGUAUGCUGAUCUCCUCCAGAGAAACAAGGAAUUGGAAAGUUGGAUAUCUGACUUCCAGUUGCCUGCUGCUGUUUGGUUGGCUGGUUUCUUCAAUCCUCAGUCCUUCUUGACCGCUAUUAUGCAACAGAUGGCACGUAAGAAUGAAUGGCCGCUCGACAAGAUGUGUUUGUCAUGUGACGUCACCAAGAAGGUGCGUGAAGACAUGGCCGGUCCGCCGCGUGAGGGUGCAUACGUGCAUGGUCUCUUUAUGGAAGGGGCGCGAUGGGAUACCCAGACCAGCAUGAUCAACGAAGCCCGACUCAAAGAACUGGCUCCACCAAUGCCGGUCAUGUUCAUCAAAGCUAUCCCAGUUGAUCGACUGGACUUGAGAAAUAUGUAUGAGUGUCCAGUUUACAAGACCAAGCAGCGUGGUCCAACGUUCGUCUGGACCUUCAACUUGAAGACCAAGGAGAAGCCAGCUCGCUGGAUCUUGGGUGGAGUGGCUCUCCUCCUGCAAGUCUAAACACGCUUUUCACAUUGCAUGGAAUCAAAUCAUUGACUACUUCAUGCAGUUAUUUUCAUGCGAGUAGUUUAGCAUCUGCUAUUGAUAAUAUUGUAUACUUUUAAGUUCAUUUUUGAGGAUUCCCUCCAAUUUCAAACUCUUAAUGUGAUUGAGUUGAUAUUUGUACAUUUGUUACAAUAUUUUGUUGACUGUGAUAUUACUGAAGUCUGUCCAAAUGCAUCUAUGCAGAAUUCUAUUCCAUAUCCUGCUUGACCUUGUCUUGACCUUCAUUCCGUCCAUAUUGUAAAGUUACAGAUCCGAGUAAAUAAUCUCUCGUGUCUUUCUCCAAUGUUAUCAAAUCCAAGAAAUAAUUAUAUUCUAGAAAAAUUACAUGUGCCAAUUCACGGCAAAGUUCAAUUGAUAUGAGAUAUUCAUCAUAAGUUCAAUUGGUAUGAGAAAUACACUGAAGCUCUGUUGAAAUAAGAAUGUGUUUUGCACACGUGUCUUUGCUGUGUCACAUCCGUCCAUAAUUGACCUGCUGAUUAAUGCAAUACUGAAUGGUCAAGUUCCUGUUUCUAAUAUUACUGUAAAACUUUAAUAUUUGUGACAUCCUCAUUGCAUUUUUCCAUAAAUAAAACCUGUCUUGUAUGAAGUGUUUGAUGACAAAGUGCUAUAAGUUCAGCAUAAAUAUUUGUCAACUAAAUCACAUUUUCUUAGAACAUAUGUGACAAUGCUGACAGUCUCGGUAAACUUUGAUUAGGUAUGGGACUGCAUUUGACUGCUAAAGAACAUUUCAACCAGUACUACUGAAUCACUCCUUCAGUUUGUUGUUUAUAGCAUUUUGUGGUCAAUCUCUCCAUUUGUUUGAAUUUUUUGUUUAUUUUCCCCAAGUUGUCAUCAGUCCUUAACGACCGAAAUGUCCUGGGAGCUGUUGUAAGCUUUGCAGCCAGAUAUCUGCAUUUAUCUGUACAUGUAGAUGAUUUGAGAGUGGUCUAACAAGUGAUUGUGUUGACAACAUGACAUUCAUUCAAAUUCAAUGAGUUCUGCUUUAGGCACCACCAGUAUGAAUCUGGUGAACUGUUUGCACACAAGUAAUUCAAUUUGAUGAACAAUCCCUGUAUAAAAACAAAAACCAAUUGAUAAUAAUUAUGCUGAGAUAACGUGUCCUUUUGAAAAUGUUGUUAUUGUGUUUAUACACAAAUAAAAUAAUUUCUAUGUAUUUUAUAAUA